AUGUGGGCCAUUGCGUGUUCGGGGCUCUUUGCCUUGGUUGUUCUGCUUGUUCUGGGCCCCAUGGCGGACCCACGGCCGGAGGGUUCCUGCGGCCGGCUCCUAAACCAGAAGGAGGCCAUCGCCGUGGAUGAGGAACUCAUGGCCAGCCCUGGCUUCAGCGUGGAUCAGUUGAUGGAGUUGGCAGGAAUCACGAAGUCAACCGUGAAAGAGCGGAUAAGGGGGAACGAGAUUACCCGCAGAAUGCCAAUGAGACAGCGCGGCACUCAGCCAGAUGCGCCGCCAAGGCAGCUGCGGAUCGGAGGCUCGGAGGUUGGGUGUUUGGGAGAUGCCCUCUGGACCCAGCUCCGGGAUCUGGAACAGAUCCGGCUCAGAGUCGACUACGCUGUCCGAACCACCCGGGUGAAAGCUGCUUCCCUGCUAUGUGCUGGCUCGGCGCUGGGUCUGCUGGGCUUCCUGAUACCAGGCGGGAUGGGAUUGGGCAAGGCCUUCCUGGCAGACAAAGAAGUCAACGUCAGGGGCGAAAACUUCGCCUCAGGUCAUAACUACUAUCCGUCCACGGUCUCUGAGAUGGUGAGGGACCGCGAAAGUCCGAUGGGGAAGUGCUUCUACGGAUUUACAAGCGCCGGAUCUUUUGCUAUUUGGAUGUCUUGGUAUCCAUGGCACCUGCAAAACGUGUACCUCCCGGCCGAGGAGGAUAGUGUGUGGUGUUGCAGUGUCAUGACACUUCGGACGUUGGUUCCUCCGAUCUCGAUGUUGUUAGUCUCCGUCAUUACGGUGGUCCCCUUCAGAGAGGCGGAUUCAAUUGAAGCAGUCAGCACUGUGAUCCAUGCCAUGGCUGCAACGCUCGCUAUGGGCGGCUACUGUGUGCUGGAGUGGUAUACACUGAACGUCGCGAAGAACGUGAGGAUGACUCAGCGUGAGCGGCAUCUGCGACAGCUUAUCAACUUACUGCUCGGCUUUUGCACUUUUGGGUUGGUUGUCACCGGGGUGGUGGCGCAGCAUCCAGAGCAAUUCGGGAUCUGCUGCGGAGACUUGUACGUUGUUCCAAAUGUCACAGACAUCGUGGCUUCUUACAACCGUGGUGCCUACCAACAAGGGACGCGGAAUGAGUUCCUAGUUCAACACCACAAGGUCGGACUGGUGGACACUGCAUCUGGCGCAGCCCUGGCCUUCAAGCUCGGCAUGUUCUGGUUCGAGGUUUCAGCUGGCCUGCUCAUGCUCGCCAGCCAUUUCAUCAUCUUCCUCUACUGUCCGGAGCGUCGUCUGCGAAUUCGGGGAUUCGAAGGAGGAUAUCUCGAUGGCCAGCUUUCCCAGCGGAGUGAGGCCUCCUCAGACGGCGAGGAAGAUUUCGACCCCGAUGAUGCUGAAGUGGUCUCCAAUGGGUCAGUUUGA